UGUGAUUCUGUCCUUUCAUUUGGUCUAUAGGACAAUGUCCAAAAAAGAUGCAAUGGCUCUCCUCUUCAUUUGCAUUGCAGUUCAGCUACUCUUCCUCCUUCCUUCUACCAAUGCUGCUGAGAAUAAUUCCUGCAUCCGUAAUUAUGCUCAAUUGGAAAGAGCACUUCGUGACAAUGACACAAACAACAGUCAAAUAAUACUGAGUACAUUUUAUCCUCCAAACAGUCAGGAUACUCAAGUUGCUCACGUCAACUAUUGCAUUAGUGAAAACAAGACAUAUUGCUCUACAGAUGAAGUAUUUCAGUUCAAAUGGGCAAGCAGUGCUCUGUUAUUCUUACAAGAGUAUGAGCUCAUCAAUGCUUUGGUUUUUGACUUGUUUCAGUUCAAUUAUACAAGCAUUUCAUUAAUCAUCAGCCCACCGUUCUGUGAAGAUAUCAGUGAAGAGAAUAAAAAGGAUAAUCUUCAACUAUUAACAACAUGGAUAAAACAUCUUCCUCACUCAAAUGACAAAAAUGGAAUACAAGAUUAUGCAGUAUAUUCCAACACUACAACAAACACCAUUGAUAUUGAAAAAUACAAUAUAAAAGAUCUACAAAAGUCAUUACUGGCACUGCAGUAUGUUGCUAUAGCUACUAUAUUCAUAACACUACUGUUUCGCAUCAUUUGGCCUAACAGCUUUGCAAAUGAAAUUGAUAUGAAAUUAGACAAAAUUA